UCUAACAAGUCUAAACAUGAAGGUUCUUCUCCACUUGGUUUUUAUUCUGGUCUUGUGUACGGCAUGGAUCAACGCUCAAGAUACUUGUGGAGGGCGGUUCAAGAUGUGUCAUUUGGCCAAGGCUUUGGCCAUAUAUCAAAUUAAGAGGGAUGCCGAUCCCAGCGUUUGUACCCGAGCUUGCCAAUCAAGCAGAUUUCGAUCCCAAACCAAGUACAUUACGAUGUUCAACCACGGGUCCAGCAAAACCUACUGCGCUUGUCUUCCGGCCUGCCAAAUGCAUGACAUCAACAACCGUAGGCUCAACCCUUAUGCCGGCGUUUUUGAAAAUAAGAAGAGCAAUGAUGUCUCAAAUGUGUGUUAAAGGAGAGAGGUUGCUGUUGUUUUUCGUCAUGUAUUCGUCUUCAUAAUAAAAUUAAAUUCAGAGCAUUUUCAGGAUUGGUCUUUAUGAGGGAAUGGUUUACUAAAUUUGACGAUUCAAUCAUUUUCUAAACCCCAGUCGUAAAAAAACCAACGUAAGGGUGUUGCCGGUAGCAU